UCCGCCGCCAGUCGGAAGCUCCAGCUCCGAGCCCCCGGCGGCCUCCCGAGCUGCUCCGCCCCGCCGCCGGCCCGCCCGUCGGCUCCUAUUCCGGGACCGGGGCCACCGGCUGCGGACUGGACCAUGAGCGUCCCCGACUACAUGCAGUGCGCCGAGGACCACCAGACACUCCUCGUGGUGGUCCAGCCCGUGGGCGUCGUCUCGGAAGAGAACUUCUUCCGGAUCUACAAGCGGAUCUCCUCCGUGAGCCAGAUCAGCAUGCGCGACUCCCAGCGCGUGCUGUACAUCCGCUACCGGCACCACUACCCGCCCGAGAACAACGAGUGGGGCGACUUCCAGACCCACCGCAAAGUCGUGGGCCUCGUCACCAUCACGGACUGCUGCUCGGCCAAGGAGUGGCCGCAGACCUUCGAGAAGUUCCACGUGCAGAAGGAGCUGUACGGCGCCACGCUCUACGACUCCCGGCUCUUCGUCUUUGGGCUGCAGGGGGAGAUCGCGGAGCAGCCGCGCACGGACGUGGCCUUCUACCCCAGCUACGAGGACUGCCAGACCGUGGAGAAGCGGGUCGAGGACUUCAUCGAGUCGCUCUUCAUCGUGCUGGAGUCCAAGCGUCUGGACAGGGCCACAGACAAGUCCGGGGAUAAGAUCCCCCUGCUCUGUGUCCCGUUUGAGAAGAAGGACUUUGUGGGACUGGACACCGAUAGUAGACACUACAAGAAGCGGUGCCAGGGGCGCAUGCGCAAGCACGUGGGGGACCUGUGCCUGCAGGCGGGUAUGCUGCAGGAUUCGCUGGUGCAUUACCACAUGUCUGUGGAGCUCCUGCGCUCCGUGAAUGACUUCCUGUGGCUGGGAGCUGCCCUUGAAGGGCUGUGUUCGGCGUCUGUCAUCUAUCACUAUCCUGGUGGAACCGGCGGUAAGAUGGGAGCGCGCAGGUUCCCGGGGAGCUCACUUGCUGCUGAAGCAGCCAACAGACACCGACCAGGGGCACAGGAAGUUCUCAUUGAUCCAGGUGCCCUGACCACCAACGGCAUAAAUCCUGACACCAGCGCUGAAAUUGGACGUGCCAAGAACUGUCUUAGCCCUGAAGACAUCAUCGACAAGUAUAAGGAAGCCAUCUCCUAUUACAGCAAGUACAAGAACGCGGGCGUGAUCGAGCUGGAAGCGUGCGUCAAAGCCGUGCGCGUGCUCGCCGUCCAGAGGCGGAGCAUGGAGGCCUCCGAGUUUCUCCAGAACGCCGUGUACAUUAACCUUCGGCAGCUCUCUGAGGAGGAAAAGAUCCAGCGCUACAGCAUCCUCUCCGAGCUCUACGACCUGAUCGGCUUCCGGCGCAAGUCGGCUUUCUUCAAACGCGUGGCCGCCAUGCAGUGUGUGGCCCCCAGCAUCCCGGAGCCCGGCUGGAGGGCCUGCUACAAGCUCCUCCUGGAGACGCUUCCGGGCUACAGCCUGUCGCUGGACCCGAAUGACUUCAACAAAGGCACGCACCGAGGCUGGGCGGCCGUCCAGAUGCGCCUGCUUCACGAGCUGGUGUACGCCUCGCGAAGGAUGGGGAACCCCGCCCUCUCUGUCAGGCACCUGUCCUUCCUGCUGCAGACCAUGCUGGACUUCCUGUCGGAUCAAGAAAAGAAAGACGUGACUCAAAGCCUGGAGAGCUAUACGUCCAAGUGUCCUGGGACGAUGGAACCCAUCACCCUCCCCGAUGGCCUCACUCUGCCGCCAGUGCCCUUCACCAAGCUUCCCAUCGUCAGGCGUGUGAACCUGUUGAACCUCCCCGCCAGCCUCCGGCCGCAGAAGAUGAAAAGCCUGUUGGGUCAGAACGUGUCUGCCAAGAGCCCCUUCAUCUACUCGCCGAUCAUCGCCCACAGCCGCGGGGAGGAGCGCAGCAAGAAAAUUGAUUUCCAGUGGGUCCAGGGGGAUGUGUGUGAAGUUCAGCUGAUGGUGUAUAACCCAAUGCCGUUUGAACUGCGCGUUGAAAACAUGGGGCUCCUCACGAGUGGAGUAGAGUUCGAGUCCCUCCCUGCAGCGCUGUCCCUUCCAGCUGAAUCUGGUCUUUACCCGGUGACACUUGUUGGGGUCCCCCAGACGACUGGAACGAUCACCGUGAACGGUUACCAUACCACGGUGUUUGGCGUCUUCAGUGACUGUUUGCUGGACAACCUCCCGGGAGUGAAGACCAGCGGCUCCACGGUUGAAGUCAUCCCUGCUCUGCCCAGACUGCAGAUUGGCACAUCUCUGCCCAGAUCUGCACAUUCCCUGCAACCUUCCUCUGGUGAUGAAAUAUCGACGAACGUGUCAGUCCAGCUUUACAAUGGAGAAACUCAGCAGCUUGUCAUCAAAUUGGAAAAUAUUGGACUGGAGCCACUCGAGAAACUGGAAGUCACCUCAAAAAUUCUCACCACCAAAGAAAAAUUGUACGGCGACUUUCUGAGCUGGAAACUAGAAGAAACCCUUGCCCAGUUUCCUUUGCAGCCUGGAAAGGUGGCCACUUUCACCGUCAACAUCAAAGUGAAGCUGGAUUUCUCUUGCCAGGAGAAUGUCCUCCAAGACCUCAGUGAUGAUGGCGUCAGCGUGAGCGGCUUCCCGCUGUGCAGCCCCUUCCGACAGGUCGUUAGGUCGCGAGUGGAGAGCAAGCCCGCGAACCCCCCCGAGGGCAGCAGGCCCGGGGACUCCAGCCACGGGAAGACCCUGGAAGCCAUCCUGAAUUUCAAAUACUCCGGAGGCCCAGGCCACGUUGAAGGGUAUUACAGGAGCCUGUCACUGGGGCUGCACGUGGAGGUCGAGCCAUCUGUGUUCUUCACCCGGGUCAGCACCCUGCCGGCGACCAGCACCCGACAGUGCCACCUGCUCCUGGAUGUCUUCAACUCCACGGAGCACGAGCUGACAGUCAGCGCCCGGAGCAAUGAAGAGCUCAUCCUGCACACCGGCGAGUGCCAGCGGAUGGCCAUUCAAGUGGACAAGUUCAACUUUGAGAGUUUCCCAGAAUCCCCUGGGGAGAAGGGGCAAUUUGCAAAUUCCAAGCAGCUGGAAGAGGAGAGGCAGGAAGCCCGAGGCCUGGAGGUCAGCAGCAAGCUGGACAUCCGCUGGAGGAUCCCCUCUCUGCAGCGCACGGGCGAGGCGAGUGUGGAAGGGCUCCUGAACCAGCUCAUCCUGGACCACGUGCAGCUGGCCCCUCUGCAGUGGG